AUGAAGAGACAUUUAAUACAAUGCAUCAACUGUCCCGAGGAGUGGAAAAGGCAGAUAAGAGCCACUGGAUCUGAAGGAAGGAAUACUCAAAAUAAAGAAAAUGAGAAUCCAUUGGAGCCAAAUGUACCAAGUGAGAAUGCUCAGAACUCUACAGAUUUGCCACAAACACCGCUGUCAGAUGGAAUAAAGGAAAACCUCCAUACAUUACUAGCUAAAGCUGUAUAUGUUACCGGAACACCACUUUCAAUGGUCGAGCAUCCUCUUUGGAUAAAUUUCUUCGAAAAACUUCAACCACAGUACAAGCUGCCGUCAAGAAAAACAAUUUCUACGACUAUUUUAGAAAAAACGUAUAACAGCAUGCACCGUGAACUGAAAGAAGACUUGAUGACCCAAAAGUGUUUGCAUCUGCUUCUGGAUGGCUGGUCAAAUUACAGGAAUGAAGAAGUAACAAUAGUUGAAAACGCUGUCAAAGAAAAGAUUCUAGAGAAUGUCGAUCAGAGAAUUCAAAUGUGCCUCAAGCCCAUACAUUAUGCGGCAUACUUAUUAGACCCUGCUGAACAAGGAGCAGAGCUUGAUCAGAAUCAAAAUUGA